AUGGAGCCCUCCUCAAGCCGGGCGGGCUCCAUGCCGCAGCCCUACCCGCCGCAGCCCCCGUCGCCUACCCUGACCAACCCCGACAUGAUUUUACCCGAGUACGAGCGGUCCUCCUCCCCCGGCUACGACGACGACCGCUCCCACUCGCCGCUCAUGAUGUGGAAGAACGCCCAUGCCGCCGCCUCGGGCGUCGACCUGCACGCCCUCACCUUCACCGCAGGGCCCAUCACCCCGACCACGCCCAUCAUAUACGGCAACGGCACCAUGCUGUCCGACAUUGGCGAGGUCACCGAGGUCGAGAGCACCGUCGGCAAGCCCUCGCCCCAGCGCCGCGCCGGCCUCGACCGCCAGGCCCUGGCGGACAAGGAGAACAUGGCCGACUACCUGGCCCAGCCCGCGCGGGUGCUCGACAGCGUCAAGAGGAGGGCCAAGGAGCAGCAGGCCUCCGUCGAGCGGCUGCGGCGCUCCUCGGGCGACAGCACCAGCACCAUCACCACCCAGGACAGGCCGGACCUCUUUGCCGACUUUGACGACUCCAUGAGCGUCGGCGACAGCGUGUUCCAGGGCGACGACGAAGAGAGCGUCGCCGAGUCCUACGUCCCGGACUCGCCCGCCCGCGAGCCGCAUGCGCCCAGCAGCAGUCUGACGGUUGACGCGCCCUCUCUAAGCGGCGGGAGCAGCGUCAAUGGUGGCAGUGGGAACGAAGACCAGCGCUCCGCGGCGGACCUGAGCAAGCGGGCGGAGCAAAUCCUCGCUAAUGCGAAGAGGAGAUUGACGACUAUGGAAGGCAAUCUCACACGCGCGCGGAGCUCUCUGCAAAUGUCGUCACCCACGGGCUUCUCCGACGGCUCUACGCCCUCACCCCCGUUCCCUCUCCGCCUCCGCGACCACUCUACCACAGUCUUCGCGCCCGGGCACGCACGCAUAGGCAGCGAUAAUGCCCUGAGACUCGAUGCCGCACCCAAAGUCUACACGCAAAGAUCGGCGAGUGCGAUGGGCGCUGCCGGUGGGUACAGGCCGCCGUUGAUCUCAUCACAGAGCCUGGGUCAAAUACGAGAAGAUCUCAACGGGCUGGCGGAGCAGGAGGAGCCUGACUACAGGAGAUCGACGGACUCGGCGGGAGACAAGGGCUUGGAGUCGGUCAGUGAAGAUGCCGCCGAGCCGGACCUGCUCCGGCCGGAAGCCGAGAACGCCUCGAGGUUGGACACAUUCCUGAGCCCAACCUUUGGGUCCUUCAACGAGAAGGGCUUGACAAGGUCUGCCUCUGUGGCUCAGAUGCGGGAUCUGAAGGACCAGAUGAAGGACCUGAAGGGCAAGAUUUCGUCUCUGCGGGAGCAGGCGCGCGCAGACAGCAUGAAGAGGAGGAGUCUUCAGAGCCUGCGGACGCCGAGCCCAUUCACCCACGCCCGGAUAGAGCAAUGGUACGGGACGGAGCCGCAGUCUGCUCUGACCAAGUCCGUAUCCACGCCCAACGACGUGUCAGGCCGGAACCCCUGGAAUGGUGAGGUGUCGACCGUGGACGGCGAGAGCGACGGAGAAGGCCAGUCAACUCCCAAGAAGACGAGGUCUUCCUUUGACGAAAACACAGAGGACGACUCGCUGGCGGGCGGCUACGAGAGCCAGGAGAACGGCGUCACGAAGCUGAGCCAUCCUUACCACCACCAGCAACAAUUCAUAGAAACGCCCGUCGUGGAUCUCGGCACCGACUCACCACGAAGAGAGCCGGAGACCAUACCGGAGGAGGCCGAGAAGGAGGAGGAGGAAGACGUGGACAGCGACAUGCGGACGGAGAACGGCGACGACCCGCCGUCGGACGAGAACCAGGACGGCUUCGCCACGGCCGGCACUGACUGGGAGAGCGAGGCGGGCGAGUCCGAGUACCACGACACGUUUCAGCACCCCAUCUCUCACGAGGACCGCGAGGACGCCUUUGACUACGAGCACUUUAUCCUUCACAGCGCCCUGGGCACGAUCAACCAGCAGCGGCUGGCGGGGCGCGGCAGCUUCAGCUCCGAGGACUCGGUCGAGACAACACGCGGGCCUACGUACGGCAAGUCGCGGUCGCGCAGCCGCACCCGCCGGGGCAGCGCCGGCUCCGUCUCGACCGUCGACUCGUUCGCCACGGCCACCGAGGGCCGCGCCUCGCGCUACAGCACCAACCGCUCCAGCUUUGAGACGGCGGCUGCAGCCGCGGACGAGACUGCCGUCAUCGACGACUACGUUGUCGAGGAGGACGAGGAAGACCAAGACGGAAGAACCCAGCAGGAACAAAAGCGCGAGCGGCGGCCGGCCACGCCGCCACCCACGGCGCGCCGGGGGGGAAACGCGUUCAGCUCGGCGCCUGCGACGGCCAACACGACGCCCAACAAGCGCCACAGCGCCGAGGAGCAGCGCUCGUCCUCGUCGUCGCACCCGCCCGCCGCGGCGCUCGCCCGGCGGCCCGCCAGCAGCGCGGCGCACACGCUGCACCGGCCCUCGGUCUCGUCGUUCGACUCGACCGGCACGCAGCGCAGCUUCCCGCUCGUCGGCGGCAGCAGCAGCAGCGCGCGCAAGAAGACGUCGUCCAACGGCAGCGGGUCGCCCGUCGCGGCGCGGUCCUCGACGCCGCCGCAGCAGCAGCAGCACGCGUUCGCCUCGUCCUCGUCGUCCUCCGCCGAGGCCGGCGGCGAGGCGGCGAUGGGGACGGCCGACCGGCAGCUGCGGAACAUCUCCGAGUCGCUCAUGCAAGGCCAAGGCGCAGAGGUCGCCUCUGCCGAGCAGCAGCAGCCGCAGCACCAGCACAAGUACUCCAUCAGCAGCGCGCGCAGCACCUCGUCCCUGGGCAUCGCCGCGCCCGCCGCGCCGGGCACCCCGGCCGCCGUGGGCGCCCUGUCGCGCGAGGACCAGAUGCUCGUCGAGCGCGCCGUCGCGGGGCUGGGCAGGUGCGUGCUGGGCCUCACGGAGAGCGGGCGCGCGAGCGCCGAGAGCAGGAUGUACCGCCGGCGGAUCGACGCCGCGAGGCGCAUCCUCGAGGGGCUCGAGCCGCUCGCCGGCGCGCCCGGAGGAGGAGGAGACCACGUGCCGUCGUCUGCUUCGGCGCCGUCGCUGACGUGA